AGCUCGUGAGCAUCACUCCUCAGCGCGCGGUUCAGCUCUGCAUAUCUCUGUAGAAGAAGAAGUAGAUCCUCCAAGACAAAGAUGAGCAGUGCGUCCGUGGUCGGCUUCUCGUCCUCUUCCUCCCGCGGCUUCUCGUCCUCGUCGCUGUCUCUGAGCGGAGGUAUGUACAGCAAGCGCAUCUCCGGAGUGCGCGCUCCCAGCGUGUACGGCGGCGCGGAUGGCCGGAGCGUCCGCGUGUCCACGUACCAACAAUUUGGCUCCCAAGGCAACCUGCUCGGAGCGUCCGGUCUCUCCCUGGACGGAGUGUCGGUCAGCGAGAAGCUCACCAUGCAGAACCUGAACGACCGACUGGCCGCCUACCUGGAGAAGGUGCGCGCGCUGGAGAAGGCCAACGCGCAGCUCGAGCUGAAGAUCCGCGAGUGGUACGAGAAGCGCGCGCCCGUCACGCACGACUACAGCCGCUUCAUGGCCACCAUCAACGACCUGCGCGAGAAGAUCAGGGUUGCCAGCUUGGGCAAUGCCAAGAUCAUUCUGCAGAUCGACAACUCCAAGCUAGCUGCGGAGGACUUCAAACUCAAGUAUGAGAACGAGCUGAUGCUGCGCCAGUCUGUGGAGACCGACAUCUCCGGUCUGCGCCGCGUCCUGGAUGACCUCACCAUGUCGCGCUCAGACCUGGAGAUGCAGAUCGAAGGCCUCAAGGAGGAGCUGAUCUACCUGAAGAAGAACCAUGAAGAGGAGUUGGCGGCUCUGCGUGCUCAUCUGUCCUCCAGCAACGUGAACGUGGAGGUGGAUGCGGCUCCUCAGCAGGACCUGGCUCAGAUCCUCAGCGAGGUCCGCUCACAGUACGAGGGCAUCGCUGAGAAGAACCGCCGCGAGAUGGAGGCCUGGUACAAGGUCAAGUUUGAUGACCUGAACAAGCAGGUGAAGGUCAGCACCCAGACUAUCGAAACGCACCGCAGCGAGAUCACCGAGCUCAAGAGAACCCUGCAGUCACUGCAAAUCGAGCUGCAGUCUCAGCUUAGCUUGAAAUCAGCUCUGGAGGGCACACUUGGUGAAACGGAGAACCGCUACAGUCUCCAGCUCAACCAACUGCAGGUCAUAAUCAACAAGCUGGAGGCGGAGCUUUCGCAGGUGCGCCUGGACAUCGAGAGGCAAGCGAACGACUACAAGGUGCUGCUGGACAUCAAGACCAGACUGGAGCUGGAGAUCGCCGAGUACAGACGCCUGCUGGACGGAGAGGACAUCAGCAGGAAAACCACAGUGACUAAGGUGGUCGAGGUACAGAAACCUGCACCGAAACCCGAGCCCGUGGUGACCAAGCGUGUACGCACCGUGAUCGAGGAAGUGAUCGAUGGCAAGGUCGUGUCCCGCACCGAGGAUGUGGACGUGGAGGUCCUGAACAAAAAAUAAGACCCUCCCCACACACACACACACAUAGGCGUCCUGGCUCAAAGCCAUGACUAUGUAACAUGCCAAUAUUAAUAAUAAUAAAAAUAAUAAUAAAAAGAGUAACUUGUAAGCAGUGUUGAAGAGGUGAAAGAGUGAAAUCUCUGUAUGGAUCAUCUGAAAAGCAACAUCAGCAUCAACAUCUGUAACUGCAGAAGAGGAAAAAAAUAAAGAAUAUGCCUCUA